AGUUGUUCCGGCCGGCAUUCAUUUGUCAUUUUCACGCCGUCUAAGUGCGUUGUGUAAAUUUUAAACGACCUCACUUAUUUAAUUUUCAACAAGAUGCCACUCCAGCUGACCAAACCCGCGCCCCAGUUCAAAACUACCGCGGUCGUGAACGGUGAGUUCAAGGACGUCGCGCUUUCCGACUACAAAGGAAAAUACGUUGUUCUUUUCUUCUACCCGCUUGAUUUUACAUUCGUCUGCCCGACUGAGAUUAUCGCAUUCUCCGAGAGGGCGGACGAUUUCCGCAAGAUCGGUUGCGAAGUGAUCGCCGCCUCCACAGACUCUCACUUCACUCAUCUCGCAUGGAUCAACACGCCGCGUAAACAAGGCGGUCUUGGUCCCAUGAACAUCCCGAUAAUAAGCGACAAGUCUCACAGCAUCUCUCGUGACUAUGGAGUGCUCAACGAAGAGACCGGGAUCCCCUUCCGUGGGCUUUUCAUCAUCGAUGAUAAGCAGAACCUUCGUCAGAUAACCAUCAACGACCUGCCUGUGGGACGAUCAGUGGAAGAGACCCUUCGUCUAGUCCAAGCGUUCCAGUACACAGACAAACACGGUGAAGUCUGCCCGGCUAACUGGACACCCGGAUCUAAGACCAUCAAGCCUGACACCAAAGCAGCCCAGGAAUACUUUGUAGAUGCUAACUAAGCUAUCAGUAGCUUUUUAUACAAUAGCCGUAGAAUCCAGCGCUUAAAAUUUUACUUGAAAUGAAAGGAAAUCUAUGUGUUUAUAUGACCUUUGGUACAAGCUGGUCUUGUUAAAUUUAAUAUAACCAUUGUAUAGAAAUUUGCUGUUAAUUUACAGUGAUGUAACAGAACCUAAAAAUAGAGCUAUUAUGAGAGAAACGGCAUAAAAUCAAUGUUUCAUCUUGUCGAUACCAUUUAAUCUACCAUCAAACAUGAGCGUAAUUGAAUGUUCAGUUAAAAAUUUACAUUUUGAGUAUAAAAGCGCUGGAUUUCGUGUUUUUUUUUUUUUCAUUUCUAAACUUGAAAUGUUCCUUUGCCUAUUAUUUAAAAAAAAAAUAGAAUAAUUUCUUGAAUGAGAAUGUCUGGUACAAAAUAAAAUAUGCUCUCUCAGUUAGAAAAACUGUUACAAGUAUUAUUCAUCGUAAAACAUUGUCUCCAUCAAUUGUAUCAAUUUAAACUUCAACAUUGUAUGAACGUUAUUUAUAUCACAUGUAAUGAUUGAAAUUAUAUUUUAAUACGAUAUGCAGAUGUAUGCGAAUCUCAGAACUGCAUACUUAUAGUAAAUGUUAUGAAUGCCUUUAGUAACUUAUCAGUAUUGGACAGUGAUGAUGUAGCUAUAUAUCGAGGCUGUAAUUAAAUACUGUCACGAAAA